CACGCCUUCUAGUGCAGUCAAUGUACGGGUGAACUUCAGUGUUCUAAUACAGUGCGCUGUCAACGAGAAGAUGGGAGUGAGUGAGCCCAUGAAGGGUCUUCUAUUCUACCUCUGCAUCUGUAGUCAUGUUUCUACUGUGGACGCGUGGGAACUCACCCUGCUUCAUACCAACGAUGUCCACGCAAGGGUUGAGGAGACGAGCAACAGCUACGGCAAAUGCACCAAGCCUCCGUGUUUUGCCGGGGUGGCAAGGAGGUUUACGAAAAUACAGGAGAUCCGGAACCGGGAGAAGAAUGUGAUGCUGCUGGAUGCAGGCGACCAAUUUCAGGGAACCGUUUGGUUUAAUGUAUAUAAGGGAGCCGAGGCUGCCUAUUUUAUGAAUAAACUUGGCUACGAUGCGAUGGCUCUGGGGAAUCAUGAGUUUGACAAUAAAGUGGAGGGACUUAUCAAGCCGUUUCUCCAGGAGGUAAAGUUCACAGUCCUCAGUGCUAACAUCAAAUCAGAUGACACACUUGCCCCACACAUCAGCGGUCUUUACUUCCCAUAUAAAAUAUUUGAUGUUGGCGCUCAGAAAGUGGGCGUGGUUGGAUAUACUUCAAAGGAAACACCUGCCCUGUCACAAACAGGACCUAACUUAGUGUUUGAGGAUGAGAUUGAUGCCCUUCAGCCCCAGGUCGACAAACUCAUCACCCUGGGGGUCAACAAGAUCAUCGCCCUCGGUCACUCUGGCUUCGUUACGGACAAAGAAAUAGCCAGAAGGGUGAAGGGUGUGGAUGUGGUCAUCGGAGGACACAGCAACACAUUUCUGUACACAGGAGAGAAACCUUCCUCCGAGGUCCCGGCGGGUCCCUACCCCGUCAUGGUGAAAUCAGAGGAUGGGCGGGAUGUCCCUGUGGUGCAGGCCUUUGCUUUUGGGAAAUAUCUGGGUUACCUCAAGGUGAUAUUUGACGAGGCUGGCAAUGUGGUCCAGUCCACAGGCAACCCUAUCCUGCUGGACAGCUCUGUCCCAGAGGACCCCAGUAUUCUUGCUGAAGUAAACAAAUGGAAAAAGGCCCUGGCAAAUUACUCCUCCCAGUAUGUGGGGGAGACCCUGGUGUAUCUCAAUGGAACGUUUGAAGAAUGCAGGUUCCGAGAGUGCAACCUGGGAAACCUAAUCUGCGACGCUAUGGUACACCACAACAUUAAAUAUGCAGAUGAGCUUCAGUGGAACCAUGUCAGCUCCUGCAUCCUCCAAGGGGGAUCAAUACGGUCAUCCAUAGAUGAACGCAGUCGAAAUGGUUCCAUCACGAUGGAAGACCUGAUUGCUGUGUUGCCAUUUGGAGGCACCUAUGAUCUGGUGCAGCUGAAGGGCUCCACUCUGAGGAAGGCUUUUGAGCACUCCAUCAGGAGAUAUGGAGGGAACACAGGGGAAUUCCUUCAAGUAUCAGGAUUCCAUGUAGAGUAUGAUAUGUCAAGGCCCCCUGGGGAGCGCGCCAGGAGUAUCAGUGUGCUCUGUACGAACUGCCGGGUGCCUGUCUAUGAGCCACUGGACGACAGCAGGCUAUACAAGGUGGUCCUGCCCUCCUACCUGGUGGAAGGAGGAGACGGAUUCUCCAUGAUCAAAGAGGAGAAGCUAAAACACGAUAGUGGUGACAUGGACAUUUCGGUGGUGGCCAGCUACAUUACUGAGAGGAAGAAGGUGCAUCCAGCUGUAGAAGGACGUAUCAAGAUUUCCAACUCAAAUUCAGGAGGACCUGGACACACAACUCUGUUAAUCCUGCUGGGUCUGGUGAUGGCUCUGUCUGGGAGCCUAUGAGAUUCCUGCUGCAACACUAGCUCGCCAUCGGAUGUGUUCUUCUCACCAACUCAGCAUCCAAGGGAAGUUCUCAAUUCUAGUUAGUCUAGUGAGAGGUCAAAUUUAAAGGACAUUGUUCAUGGAUAUUUCUCCAAUGCGCUUAGAUAAUUCUAUAUAAAUACUGCAGCUUGAUAUGCACUGUAAAUGAUGCACUGUACUUCUCUAAACACAGGUUUUGUUUUGUCAAGUCUCAUGUACAGUAACUGCUGUCAAGCUCUUGCUCAGAAAUUCUGUUAUAUAAUAAUAGUCCCUCAGAGUACCAACAUAAGCAAACUUCAACAGAGAUGGAAACAGAUGACCACUGCCUGUUUUUAAUGUGUGCACUGGGCAGAGUAUGCUUAACCAGCAUUAGUUUAUGGGAGAAGAUAUACAAACACCGAGCUCUAUAAUAGCUUUGUAAAUGUUUUAAAGCUCUUUUGGACCAGAGAGGUAUCUCGCAAGGAGAUAAACAAGUUGGUGAUCAACCUUUUGUAAACAUUUAGAGACAAUUCUUUACAAGGCAAGGUAGCGACUUUUCUAUGGUCAUGAAUCCUAUACCUGGUUUCACUCUAUACUGUCGUUUUUGAUAGGAUGGUAGAAAAUCUGAUUUGGACUGUGCUAGAGUUGGUUAGCUUGUUUCGUCAAAUACCUGUUUAUUCUAGAGAAAUACAUUGAGAACCAAAGAGGUCAUGUAAAUGGAGCUUUUCUCCGAGUUGUAAUUUGUAAAUAGCCUAUGAUAAAUGUGAAAUGUAAUGUUUUAUAUUUGGCGUAGUUGUGAUAUUGAAAUAAGCUUGGUAGUAGUACAUUAUACAGAUGUGUACCAAAAGCGUCAACGUUAGAAAAAUAAAUGAACAAACGGUUA